GAGGGUAGGGCAUUGCAUAGCAUAGCCGCAGCGCUGGUCUCAUCUCACUUCUUGGAGGCGUCUUCGUACACGCCUACCUCGAAGUUUUCUCAAGCUUUUUUGUCUCUGCGCUCGUCGUUGCACCGUGCUGUGUAUAGCUGAGUUGGUUUGUGCAUUGAGUGCGCUCAGGUUCCCGAGUCGUAGCCCUUUCUUAAAUUUUUUUCUGUGACGCGUGUUCGAGAAAUUAGCGACAAUGAGAGAGUGCAUUUCGAUCCACAUCGGUCAGGCCGGUAUCCAGGUCGGAAACGCCUGCUGGGAGCUGUACUGUUUGGAGCAUGGCAUUCAGCCUGAUGGACAGAUGCCAAGUGACAAGUCGGUGGGAGGAGGAGACGACGCCUUCAACACUUUCUUUUCGGAGACAGGAGCCGGGAAGCACGUUCCUCGUGCGGUGUUUCUCGAUUUGGAGCCGACUGUGAUCGAUGAGGUGCGCACCGGAACGUACCGUCAGCUGUUCCACCCGGAGCAGCUGAUCAGCGGGAAGGAGGACGCGGCGAACAACUUCGCCCGUGGUCACUACACUAUCGGGAAGGAGAUAGUGGACCUGUGCCUUGACCGGAUUAGGAAGCUGGCGGACAACUGCACGGGUCUGCAGGGCUUCCUUGUGUUCAACGCUGUGGGAGGAGGAACGGGAUCUGGUUUGGGAAGUCUGCUGCUGGAGCGCCUGUCCGUGGACUACGGGAAGAAGUCGAAGCUCGGGUUCACAGUGUAUCCAUCGCCACAGGUGUCGACCUCCGUGGUGGAGCCAUACAACAGUGUGCUGUCGACGCACUCGCUGUUGGAGCACACCGACGUGGCUGUGCUGCUGGAUAAUGAAGCGAUAUACGACAUUUGUCGGAGGUCUUUGGACAUCGAGCGCCCAACUUACACGAACUUGAACCGGCUGGUGUCUCAGGUCAUCUCCUCCUUGACCGCGUCACUCCGGUUCGACGGUGCGCUGAAUGUGGAUGUGACGGAGUUUCAGACCAACUUGGUGCCAUACCCCAGGAUUCACUUCAUGCUGUCGUCGUACGCACCAGUGAUAUCGGCGGAGAAGGCGUACCACGAGCAGCUGUCGGUGGCGGAGAUCACGAACUCUGCGUUCGAGCCGUCAUCUAUGAUGGCGAAGUGCGAUCCUCGUCACGGCAAGUACAUGGCGUGCUGCCUGAUGUACAGGGGAGACGUGGUUCCGAAGGACGUGAAUGCCGCGGUGGCGACGAUUAAGACGAAGAGGACCAUCCAGUUUGUUGACUGGUGUCCCACUGGAUUCAAGUGCGGCAUCAACUACCAGCCACCGACGGUGGUGCCGGGUGGAGAUCUGGCGAAGGUGCAGAGGGCGGUGUGCAUGAUUUCGAACAGCACGAGCGUUGCAGAGGUGUUCUCCCGGAUCGACCAUAAGUUCGAUCUGAUGUACGCGAAGCGCGCUUUCGUGCACUGGUAUGUGGGCGAAGGUAUGGAGGAGGGAGAGUUUUCGGAGGCUCGUGAGGAUCUUGCGGCUCUGGAGAAGGAUUACGAGGAAGUGGGUGCGGAGUCGGCUGAGGACGGCGGCGAAGACGACGGUGAAGAGUACUGAGGGGGGUGGCAUCUGUAGGCUUUCGAUGUCCAUACAUGGUGGACCAGAGUCAGUAAGCUGACCUGGAUUUUGUACAUGGAAGUAAUGCUAUAACGGGAAGACUUUUCUCAGUCUCA